ACAACAAGGAAUCGAAUAUCUAAGAUAAUAUUCGUUUACUGGGAAUUGUCAUCUGAAAGUGAAACUGCAGCAAAGUUUGCCAACACGCAUCAACCCUUGUCCUGGCUGAGUGGGAAUUGGUCAGAGGCUCCGCUCUGCCUCUGCCUCAGUAGGUGAGGGAGUCGGUUGGGCUUUGGGGAACUCCAAGUCCCAGAGAUCUCGGCAUCAGUCAACCUGGAACCUGGGCUUGAAUAACAUGGCAGCGCCGUCCAGCAAAACAUGCGGGGCUAUGGAGCGGUAUAUCCAGGAGCGCGUCCCGCCGCUGCUGACCGACCUGUACCAGUUCACCAUGGCUUACGCGUACUGGCGGGCCGGCCGGCACCAGGAGCUCGCCGUGUUCGAGCUCUUCUUCAGGGACAAUCCGUUCGGCGGCGGCUUCUCGCUGUUCGCGGGUCUGCACGACUGUCAGCUGUUCCUGCGUGGCUUUCGCUUCACGGACGAAGAUGUGGAGUUCCUGCGCUCAGCCCUGCCCCCGGCCACCGACCCUGCCUUCUUCCAGUUUCUGCGAGGCCUGGACUGUUCGGGCGUCACACUCCGCGCUGUCCCGGAGGGCACUGUGGUGUUUGCCAGGGUGCCUCUGAUGGAGGUGGCAGGUCCAAUGGCUGUGGUUCAACUGCUGGAGACCAGUUUACUGUGUCUGGUUAACUACGCCAGUCUGGUGUGUAGUAACGCUGCCCGUUUCCGCCUGGCGGCCGGCACCGGGAGGAAGCUGCUGGAGAUGGGGCUCAGACGGGCUCAGGGGCCAGAUGGGGGGCUCACCGCUUCACGUUACACACACAUUGGGGGGUUCGAUCUCACCAGUAACGUUCAGGCCGGAUUCCUGUUUGGGAUCCCCGUCGCAGGGACCAUGGCUCACUCGUACGUCACCUCCUUUACCUCCCUGGAGGAGGUGUGGCCACAAACUCUCCUGACAGUGAAAGGGGACCCUGAUCCAGUUGACUUCAUUUCUCUGACUAAAGGUUGGUUGAGCCGUGUGUGUGAGCUUCUGGGAGCGGAGCCGGGGAAGAUCAGAGAGGACGAGUUGGCCGCCUUCUUGUCCUAUGCCAUCGCCUACCCUCAGAACUUCCUCCCUGUGAUUGACAGCUACAGUGUUGGCUGUAGCGGUUUGCUGAACUUCUGCGCUGUGGCCUUGGCGCUGUGCGAACUGGGCUACAGGCCGGUGGGAGUUCGUCUGGACAGCGGGGACCUCUGCAGGCAGUCGGUCGAUGUCCGUCGCGUCUUCAGGCUCUGCAGCAAGCAUUUCUCCAUCCCCACUUUUGAUUCACUGAUCAUCGUCGGGACCAAUAACAUCUCAGAGCAAAGCAUGGCUGAACUCAACAAGAAGGAGAAUGAGAUCGACGUGGUUGGUGUUGGAACACAUCUGGUCACCUGCACAAAACAGCCCUCGCUGGGUUGCGUGUAUAAGUUGGUGGAAGUCAGGGGAAGGCCCAGGAUGAAGAUCAGUGAAGACCCAGAAAAGAGCACCGUGCCUGGGAGGAAAUCUGUCUACCGGCUAGUAGACGCUGAGGGUCAUCCUUUUCUAGACCUGGUGUGCCUGGCGGUGGAGUCUCCUCCAGAGGCAGGAGUCCCACUGAGCUGUUACCCUCUGCGUUGUGAUAACUCCACUGUCUCAGUCACUCCAGCUCAGGUCACCUGCCUGUAUCAGGAAGUGUUUGCCAAAGGACAGGUCACACACCCUCUGUGCAGCGCUGCCGAAACUAGAGCAAAGGUCCAGGGCUCCCUCCAGACUCUGCACCCUCGACAUAAGAGGCUUCAGGAGCCAGACUCUUACACAGUGGCGCUGUCAGAGAAACUCCACAACUUGGUGACAGAGAUCCGAAGAGGCAGCUCCAACGACAGCAACUUUCUCCUGGCCAACUAAAGAUAAUCCUACACAACUGUUCUGUCGUCAUCUCCUGUUCUUUUGUUUGUUGUUGUUUUUCCUUUUGUCUUUUUAUUGACACUGUUUCCAAAGUGCCUCAGAGCAGAAGGAGGGAUAAAUCUGUCGAGCACUGCCAUAAUGAAACCAUAAGUGUUAACAGCAUACUCUCCAAAUACAGGAAAUCACAAAUGUGUUGUGGCCUGUGUUAAAAUGAAUAAGCUAACAAAUGACAGUGACUUUUGUUCUUGUUUUUAUGGAUAAAGGCACAAUCUGUGAUCCAAGGCCUUGUAAAAAUCAAAACACAAAUUCUCAAGUUGAACAACAGGUAUUUUAAUACACAAACUAAUACCAGACAAAAACUAAAUCUAAGUCUGUAAUGUUUCUUGUUUCUGUAAAAAGUUUUGUUUACAGCAAGACAAGAAUGACACUUCAUUCUUGACCUAUGACAAAAAAAAUCUUAACUCAAGAUGAACUUAUUAGCUUGAGCUUUCAGCUGCCUGUUAUGGCCUUCCUCAGUGGAUGGCGUUCGUUCAGUUGUUGUGGGAAUAGCUGGCUUUAGGUUAAAAGUUUAUAUGAAAAAUUCUAGAAAUUACAGGUUAGGAGCUUCAUAUGUCAACAUAAUUUACAAGUUUCAGUUACGAAAUUACCAAAUAAGGAUGUUGGUAAGACUGCUCCAGACACGAAAUCAAAAACAUGCAGUAUUUGUGUUCUGUCUUUUAUCCUUCAGACUCACCCAGACUUCAACUUUCAGUUUGUUCUGUUCCUCACUUAUCGAGGUUAAAGGUAGACUUUGUUGAAUUUACUGUCAUUUGCUCCAUAUACAGUACUCCGCACACAGGGGAAGGAAAUUACGUUCCAUCAGUGAUAGGAUGUAAACAACAAUCAGAAAACAAGCGCAAAGACAGUAAAGUGCAAGCAGUAAUAAAGCACAGUGAAGGAAAACUGCUGUUAGGAUGUUGCUCGUUUUAGUAAAAUGUUAUAGGGUUUGUUUUUUUUCUGCAUUAAGCAGUAUUUUUAUAUCAACGUGAAAGGCCUGCAGUGACAAACCCACAGAGAAAUGUCAUCAACUCUGCAGCUCUAAAGAGUUUUCAUGCCUCUUUUAGCUCAUAGUUUUGGUUUUACCCGCGCGUUUUACUGUCAGACAGAUAUUUUUGAAGUCUGUGGAGACUAUAUCAGCGCUAAAAGGAAGUGAGGGAGUGAAUAUUGGGCUUUCAUUCAUCGGCCUGACGCACACCUGACUCCAGUUGAAUGACGACGCUGCAGGAUGCGUAAACAGGCAGUCGUUUGCUAACACAUCAGCCAGAACAGCUUUAUGAAAUGAUAUUACGUAAGCGCUGUGUCUUCCAGCUUGUUUCUGAGCUCUGCUCGCUAGUGACCAAAAGCUGAUGCAAGUUCAUGCAGCUUUAAUUUCUGCCUGUAUUCUGUAUUUUGACCAGUUUGUGAACAUCUAUUGAAUUUAGUUUUCAAAUUAUGUUUAUAAUCAGUAUCUUUCUUGUGUAGUUUUCAGGUGGUGUUGUCUAGUAGGGCUGCAACUAAUGAUCACAGUUGUAUGCAAAGGUUUGGGCGAAUUACAUAUUGAUUUUUGAAGUGAAAAGAAGUAAAUACAACUCUUGUCUAUUUGUCUAUUUUUUUAAUUUUUACAAACAAAACAACAGAGUAUUUUUUGCACAUUCACGUUCAGACACCCUAUCAAGCCAAACUCACACUUCCUGUGCACUUCUUUACCUGAUCUCCUUGCACAGUGUCUUACUGAACAGAUUUAGUAUUUAGUGCCUACUUCCAGGCCUCCUACUGUACUGAAGCUUUAGCGCCGUCCCCCACUUUCUAAGUCGCUUUGGAUGAAAUCAUCGGCCAACUGAGCAAAUGUAAAUGUAAACCGUAAGAUGAAGUGCCAUGCUACUAACUUCCUGCCCAAAGAUCACAGUCUUUUCCAGGUGGAUUUUUUUUUCUUAUUUAGAGCUACUCUGUAGUACAUUCACAUGCCUUACAUUGAGUUUGACAACAAAUAACAAAACACAAGACGUGUUGACAGUGUCUAGCAGUGCUGUGUGUGAUAUUUGCUAUUGUCCUGUUUGUGUUUGUCUUAGUUUGGACUAGCAAUCCAGUUGAGGAGAGUUCAAUGAUUAACUCUCCAUCCCUUCCCACUCUGUCAUGAACAGGGAACCUGCAGGUCUCAAAAAGUGUUGAAAAGCACAGAUUUGGAUUUCAGUUAAAAAAAAAUAAAAAAUUGAAGAUCAUAUAUGAAUAUUCUUUCUCGCCUGCAGUAGACAGUGACAUUAGGUAACUUUUGGCUGUCGGGGGACAGUUGCGGUGAAGCUCAUGGACUCACUUGAUUUUAGCAAAAAACUUAAAUCGACAUAUUAAUUAUUUAUUUUUUAAAUCUGUUAAUCCAUCCAUCGAACUUCUGGUGGUUCUCUGAGUGUGAGACAAUG